UGUCCAGGGUGACUGUUCAAUUCGGUACUUCGAGAUCACGGACGAGGAGCCCUUUGUUUACUUUAUCGACACACUCACCAGCACCGAUCCGCAGCGCGGUAUGGGUUGGAUGCCCAAACGCGGUCUCGACGUGAACCAGAACGAGAUCGCCAGAUUCUACAAGCUGCACACCAGAGGCUUCUGUGAGGUCAUCUCCUUCACUGUGCCUCGCAAGUCAGCCCUCUACCAGGACGACCUCUAUCCGGACACUGCCAGUGAUAUGCCCGCACUCUCCGCCGAGGAAUGGAUGUCCGGCAAGAAUGCACCUCCUCUUCUGAAUUUGGUUUCGGACGCCGUUAGUACACACGACCGCAUUCGCUAA